AUGGUUCUUAAAGACAUCGACAAAGAGAUCGCGGUCGCAUCGUCAUCGGGUAAAGAGCGAGGCGCGUCCACGGCAGACAAGUCUCCUAGAAUCGAAGACAUCGAUACAGAAGAUGACGACCAAACAUCACUUUCCUCAGGGUCAACGGACUCUAUUCAUCCCGUAGCAGACGCUCGUCCAUCUAUCAACCGUACGUGGAGCCUCAAUACUGGACACUCGUGGCUGGGCAAUAAAGAGCUUGCAGCUAUCACGACAGUUACUACGAAUGCGACACAUGAUCCUAGGUUCGAAAUCGACUUCGACGAUGAUGGAGAGAACCCCCAGGAUUGGUCCAUGGUGAAGAAAUCCCUGAUCAUCUUUUUCAUGUCUUAUUCUACAUUGGUGGUGGUCAUGUACUCGACAAGCUACACAAGUGGUAUUCCUGGUAUGAUGCGGACAUUUGGUAUUGAGUCGAGAACGCUCAUCGUCCUGGGAAUUACGACGUAUCUCACUGGCAUUGCUCUCGGGUCGUUACUCCUAGCUCCUUUGUCUGAGAUGUACGGCCGAAGACCGGUAUAUCUUAUUGCCAUCUUUGCCUUCACGGUCCUGGUUAUACCAUGUGCCCUAUCGAACAACCUCCCGCAGAUCCUCGUUACGCGUUUCUUUGGUGCUAUCGCUGGUUCGGCCAUGAUAGCCAAUGCUCCUGGAACCGUUUCCGACAUUGUGAAUGAACACUAUCGGGCCCUAGCCUUUUCAAUAUGGAGCAUUGGGCCAAUGAACGGCCCUGUCGUAGGACCUCUUGUGGGGGGCUUUGUUUAUGAAUAUAUGGGCUGGCGGUGGACGAAUUGGGUUGUAAUGAUCGGCGCAGGAACAGCUUGGCUUAUGAUCUUUUUCAUAAAGGAGACAUACGCUCCAGCCCUCCUCCGCGCCAAAGCGACCAAAAAACGCAAAGAAACCAAUGAUCCACGCUGGCACUGUCGCUACGACGACAAGAAAGAAUUCUGGCCUCUCCUUCGCGAAAACCUCUACCGCCCUCUCUACAUGUCCGUGAAAGAGCCCAUCUGCAUAUUCUGGAAUGUCUACAUCGCCCUCAUCUACAGCGUUCUCUAUCUUUGCUUCGUAAGCUACCCCAUCGUCUUCGGCGAGCUGCGUGGCUGGUCGCCAGGUUUCAUAGGACUGGGAUACAUGGGAAUUGGGAUUGGUGGCAUGACGACCAUUCUGAGCGAACCUCUGAUACGACGCAUGAUCAAUGCGCAUAAGAAAGAUCCUGAGACGGGCAAACCUUAUCCUGAGGCGAUGGUUAGUGUCGUCUGCAUCGCUGCCCUACUUGUGCCUAUCGGAGAGCUAAUCUUUGCCUGGACCGGCGCAUCCCUGAAUGUACACUGGAUCGUUCCCCUCAUCGCUGGUAUCCCCUUCGGCGCUGGCAAUUGCGGUGUUUUUAUCUACGCCUCGAACUAUCUCGUUCACUCUUACGGUAUUUACGCUGCCUCUGCACUCGCUGGUAACACAGUGUUGCGGAGCAUCAUGGGCGGAGCUCUACCUCUCGCUGGACCGAAGAUGUAUGCGUCCCUUGGCCCACGGUGGUCUGCAACAAUGCUCGCGCUCAUCGAAUUCGCUAUGAUUCCUAUUCCGGUCGUCUUCUACCUCUACGGACACAAGAUUCGUCAGGAAUCGGAUCUUAUCAGACACAUGCGUGAGGAUAGGGAGAAGCUUGAAGGUCGCAAGAAGAGAGCGGCCGAAAGGGUAGAUAAGUCGAAGGGUACGGAGGGGCGGAGCCCACAUGUACAUGAGAAGAAGGCAUUGGAGGUCUGA